CCGGGCCCGUGACGAGCUGCAAAGCAGCGAGCGGGGCCGAACCGCCCCGGGACGGUGGCCAAACACUACUCAGGAGCCAGGGAAAAACCAGGCUCCUUCCACCAUCCCGCGUCCCUCGCUGCGGCAGGGAGGAAGGCACGGAGCAUCCCUGGACCACGGCAGGGGGUCGCGGUGUGGCGGCAGCAUCCCAGCACGCGCCGCCACGGGGGCUGAUGUCACGGCUAAUUAUAGCAUCCCCCGUCCCUCUCCCCCGCCAAAGCUUUACCUGAGAGAGGGUAAAAAUAACUCCCGGCAAGGGAGGAGCUGGAACAAGCCCAAGGACUCCUCCAGCAUCUCCAAAAAACUCGCACAAACCAGGACAGCACCCCUCUGCCUGCAGCACGACGACGCUGCCACAGUUUGUCCCCAAUUGCAGGGUCAGGACGUGCUCCCGUGAGCGCCGGUGCCACCGUCCUCCUGGCUGUGACCGUCCCCAGUCACCUUCCCCCCAGCUCGAGUGUCGGCUCCGGGACAGGCGCUGGUAACCGGAGCUGGGGCAGUGCUCGUCCUCACCACUGCUGGGAACCGGCCCCAGCACCCUCCGCAAGCUGUUUAAGCUGAGCAAAGCAGGUUAAUGGCCCCAGCUGAUGAUGGAGUGUUUUCAUUACAGCAUCUCCCUCUCCCUGAUGCAAUUGCUCCCAAGGAGACACAUGAAACCUCUCCGUGCCGUAGGAUCCGGUCAGCCCCUCACUCACGCCAUCAGAGACUGUCCCAAGGGGCCCCGGGCAGCACCGCUCGCCUGUCGGUGCCCUGCCCGGGCUAAACAAACCCCUUCAGGCUUCUCUUCCAUUUUCCUUCUUCCCCUCUCCAUCCUACAGACAUUGCACAGAAACUCCCUUUCCCAGAGCUAGGGAACACCAGAAACCCCACCCCAACCUCAGCCAGCUCCUACCCGCUCGCUCCCUGCCAAAAGAAUCCUCUGGGUGUGAGUGAGCAGCCCAGCUUGCUCCCAGCUUGCUCCCAGCUUGCUCCCAGCUUGCUCCCAGCUUGCUCCCAGCUUGCUCCCAGCUUGCUCCCAGCUUGCUCCCAGCUUGCUCCCAGCUUGCUCCCACAGGACUGAGCCAGCCCAGUGCCCCCAGACCCCCUCCCAGCUGAAGCCCUGGUGCCUUUAUAGCCCAGCCCUGCCCAUGUGCAGCUGCAGCUCGUCUCCAUCAAAGGCAAAGGUGACCUGGUCCCCAUGGCAGGGUGGCUCCUAGCCACCCAAUCUGCCUCCCUGGUCCCAUUUCCCAGCAGGAGUUUCCAGCUCAGACUCUCUGGGUUGCUCCCAGGAGGCGCAGCCUUGCUCUCAGCCUUAUGAAAUUUCAUCCCGUGGCUUUGGCGCUCGUCCCCAAGGUCACCCACCCUUUCUCCUGGGUGCUGACAGUGUCCCCAGCUUUGUGCCAACUGCCAGCAUCCCUCUUACACAAGGGCCCUACUGGGAAUAUUGAGCUUGGGAAGCCCCGGGGUGGCCCCUCGAGGGACAACCUGCUGUCACAUCAUCGGUCAUCGUCUUGGCUGAGCCUGCCCUGGCAGGGAUCCCCAGUGCAGGCCCUACCCGUUAGACCGGCAUCACUUGCUCGGGGAGAGCAGAUAACUUUGCACCGGUAUCAGAUCAGCUUUGUACAGGUCUCCGGGUUGCAUUUGUCCCCCACUUUGGUGCUGCCCACGUCCACAAGCCGGGGUGUGCUCAGAGACCAGGGGCCCCGUGGUGCUCAGGGACCAGGGACCCACACCCCGAGGAACCUCCGGGGAAGGAGGCAGAGCAGCCGAACCAGCGGGCCAGGCCGUGCCCACCGCACCCGGACAUCGGCCGAAACCUCCCAUCCAGCUCUUGCGCAUCGAGGCACUGCUGUAUUUAGAUGCUCCCCUUCCCCUUGGACCAGCGAUGGUGGCUGCGGUGCUGGGAUGGGGCUGGAGAUUGCUCUGUGGUCACAUCGGAUGCUUUUAUGAAGUGCUGAGUGCAGGAAAAAAGCAAACCGCAAGAAGGGGCUGCGCUGCCGCAGGGCUGCAGGAAGGAGACGCUUUUGGAACCGGCAGCCAGCCCGGCCGCGGCUCCAUCCCACCACCCCACGUCAGGGCUGCCUCCCCGGGACCCCCAGCCCCGGCUCAGCAGCACGAGGCCUGGACGCCAUCCCCCAGGGGAAGCGGCGGUUCCCUGUGCCCCGCAGGGACCCGAAGCAUGAGGUGACACCGCACGCUGGCUGGGAUCUGCAGAAGGAAUCACCACGGCAGCACCCAAAUCCUGCCAAAAGCACCCUGGCUUGGAGGAGGACGGACCUCGCACCGCUCGGGACAUCGCCUUCGCCGGCUGCUCCCGUGCCCACGCGCUGCCCCGGCACGGGGAGAGGAGCCCGCAGGGACGGGUGCUGCCGGGCAGGAUGAGCACCGCGAGGGCUUGGGGACCCACAGCAUCCUUCCGCCCCGCUGGCACCACCUGGGCGGGCGCUGCAGCAGGAGGGUGUCAGGCAUUUUGGGAAAACCUCUGGCUCCAGCUGCCCUGAGGAAGAGCCCGGCGAGCCCGGCAUAUGGCGGCUCUGGAAACAGCCCGGCAGCCAGCAGGGAGGGCCUGGCCGCAGCAGCCGGUCGGGCUGCCAGGGCCGUGCUGCCCCGCAGCGAGGAUGGAGGAUGCGGUGUGGGUAUGCAGCACGCCGGGGGCCUGCGCACGCUCCCGACAACACCCCGUGUUCGCCGGACCCGGCACCCCCUCGGGCCCCCCGGGCGGCACCCAGAGCUCUCAACACGUCGGUGCUUCUGAAGCUGGCGACGUCUCUGCUCCGACCUGCGGCGGCAGCCGGCUGGUCCCGGGGGACCUGGGGAGCCCGCAGAACCGCCCCUCGCUCCUCCUCUCCUCCUCCCUGCUCCUGAUAUACCCUCCUCUCUCCGUCCCCUCCGAGCAUCCCUCUGCUCCUCUCCCUCACUCCUCCUCGCCUCUCGCUCCUUUUCCCUUCUCCCUUUCUCGUCUCUGAACUUGCCCCUUCCUCCCUCCCUGCUCUCCCCCAGCCCCUCUCACCCACGUCCCGAGGAACCGACCCACCACUGAAGACCCCCAGGCCGUGGCAGGGCAGGGGACAGGACCCCCACGCCGGAGCCGGGACCUCCACGCUGGACAAUGCCUCUCCAGAUAUUCUGCACCAUCUCCUUCUCCAGCGAGGAAGGACCGAGAGACGCUGCAGCCACCGCGAGGGGAGAGGAUGGAGCAGAUGAGUUCCUGUACGGGCAGGAGGAGGAUGAAGAGGAGGAAGAGGACGCAGGGGCAGCCACAGACUUCGUGGCCUUUGCCAGCAGCUGCACGCUGCACGGGCUGAGCCACAUCUUCGUGGAGGGCAGCCUGGGUGCCCGGCAGGCGCUCUGGGCGCUGGCCUUCCUCCUCUCCCUCUCCGUCUUCCUCUACCAGGUGGCCGACCGCAUCGUCUACUACCUGGAGUACCACCACGUCACGCUGCUCAGCGAGGAGGACAGCCCCGAGAUGACCUUCCCCGCCAUCACCUUCUGCAACAUCAACCGUGUGCGGGUCUCCCAGCUCAGCCACGAGGACCUGCUCUACCUGGCCCCCCUGGUCGACUACGAGCCCGGGAUGGAGCUGGGUUUUGCUCCGGCCCAGCCCAGCCCCGGGGAUGAGGAUGAACCCCUAAAUUUGUACGGGUUUUUUAACCGCACUUGCCACCGGCUGGAGGACAUGCUGCUGAGCUGCAGCUACCGGGGCGAGGAGUGCGGCCCCAGCAACUUCACGGCGGUCUUCACCCGCUAUGGGAAGUGCUACACCUUCAACGCGGGGCAGGACGGGAAGCCCCGGCUCAUCACCAUGAAGGGGGGCACCGGCAACGGCCUGGAGAUCAUGCUGGACAUUCAGCAGGACGAAUAUCUGCCAGUGUGGGGGGAAACAGACGAGACCUCCUUCGAAGCCGGGAUCAAGGUGCAGAUCCACAGCCAGGACGAGCCCCCACUGAUCGACCAGCUGGGCUUCGGGGUGGCUCCCGGCUUCCAGACCUUCGUGUCCUGCCAGGAGCAGCGGCUCAUCUACCUGCCGCCUCCCUGGGGCGACUGCAAGGCCACGGUGGGCGACUCGGAGUUUUACGACACCUACAGCAUCACCGCCUGCCGCAUCGACUGCGAGACCCGCUACUUGGUGGAGAACUGCAACUGCCGCAUGGUGCACAUGCCAGGCGAUGCCCCUUACUGCACCCCGGAGCAGUACAAGGAGUGCGCGGAUCCGGCCUUAGAUUUCCUGGUGGAGAAGGACAACGAGUACUGCGUCUGCGAGAUGCCCUGCAACGUGACCCGCUACGGCAAAGAGCUUUCCAUGGUGAAGAUCCCCAGCAAGGCCUCCGCCAAGUACCUGGCCAAGAAGUACAACAAAUCGGAGCAGUACAUCGGGGAGAACAUCCUGGUGCUGGAUAUCUUCUUUGAAGCCCUGAACUACGAGACCAUCGAGCAGAAGAAGGCGUACGAGGUGGCUGGUUUGCUGGGUGACAUUGGAGGGCAGAUGGGGCUGUUCAUUGGGGCCAGUAUCCUCACGGUACUGGAGCUGUUCGACUACGCCUACGAGGUGAUAAAGCACCGGUUGUGCCGGCGGGGCAAGUGCCGCAAGAACCACAAGAGGAACAACACGGACAAGGGCGUCGCGCUGAGCAUGGACGACGUGAAACGCCACAAUCCCUGUGAAAGCAUACGGGGCCACCCGGCAGGCAUGACGUACGCAGCCAACAUCCUACCUCAUCACCCGGCCCGGGGCACCUUUGAGGACUUCACCUGCUAACUGACGUCUGGAUGUACAACCUGAGCUACCAAAGCCCUCCGGAGAGCUGCCCUUCUCCCUGUGAGCGCCAGCGGAGAGACACAUCUAGGGGACCUUGCUCCUCGCCACGGUGGGACACGGACAAGAGCGACAGCCUCGGAUUUUGGGGCAGGCGGUCGGGUCGGGCGAUGCUCGAACCCGGCACGUGGCCCCCGCGGCGGCUGCUCAGCGCCUGCCCUGUUAGUUCAGAGACUCAAGGACGCUCCAGCCCGGCCAUCCUCGCGGUGCGGGGAGCGACACGCACAGCGGGCUGGAGCACAGGCCCGCCCCGUCUCCUCCCCUCGGCUCCCCUCGGCCUUUUUAACUAGAAACCCAGAAGCCAAGAAGAAGCAGCCAUUCGGCCGCAGAGUCUCCAUCCACAGCCCUGUCCGUCUGUCCGUCCAUUGUCUCCAUGCCCAUCUUGCUCCAACGCUUUGGCCGGCGCUUGCUGGGACCCCCGUGCCCGGCAGGAGGGAUUGUCGAGGAGCCCCACGGCGUGCCCGGCAGCAGGUCCGGCAGUCCCAGGAGAGCCUCGCUGUCCCCUGGGACCGCAGUGGCCCCGCAGCCCACCCUCGCCUGGGCGCUCCUGGCUACUCCAUGCGCAUGAAGACAGGCCACCUCCACCUCUCCAAAACGUCUUCCUCGGCACCCUGCCCCAGGGCCGGUGGUGCCCAGCCACCGACCUCGCUGGCCAGCCACGAGCACCAGAGGGGACUUGGCCAGGGGGUGCCACCUCGGCACUGAAGACCCCACCGCCCGGGCACUGUUCCUCGGCCGCGUGGGGCCGGGCGACGCUGUGGUCUCCCUGCCUGUGUCUCCUGGGCUCCGCGCAGCCUGGCCAGCACCAGCCCUGCCCCGCAUUCCCCCCUGUUCCCAGGGAACCUGGGGCUAUCCCGUGCGGCCCCCACAAACAGCCAUCCUUGGGGAGAAAGGUGGAAGGAAAACUGCUGGCCCCCAUUCGGCUGCAGCCACCGGCCGGGCUCGGCCAAGGGCACCGCGAGGGGACACCCCCUUGGCACGGCUGUGGCCAGGCGGGCGUAGGAGCCCCAGCAGCAGAAGGGCUGACAGGUUGAGGGACACCCCAUGGCACAGGGUGCUCUGGUCCACGGGACCGCAGGCUCCCACCCCGCUGAACCCCCCAACAGCAGCUGCCCCUGGGCACCAUGAGCCCUGGGCACCCUCGGGGCAUCUGCCGGCUCGCUGCCCCGGGGCCGCCGCUGGCCUCUCCCCGGCACGCAGAGACCUGCCCGGGCAGCCGGGGUCCAGCCGCCGGCACCAGCCGCGUCUCUGCUCCCCGGGCCCACAAGCGCACCCCCAUUUCGCUCUGGGGUCAGUGGAAAUCGGCCUCCCCCAGCCCCCGCCAGCCCCCAGGCCCCACACAUCGAGCAAGAGCCCGCCCAGGGCUGAAGUGCUACUUAUCUUUAGGAGCUUUUGCAAUAAGUCUUUUUAGUAAUUAUUAUUUCUAAAUGGCGGUUUUGGUUUUAUUAUUGUCAUUUAUAUUAUUAUUUGCUUCCUGACCAAAAUUAGGAACUGGGGGUUAGUCCUUUGUAUCCAGCAAUCGCCCAAAGAUGACGGGUCGGCCACAUCCAUAAAUUUUCUUAUGGAUUUUUCCUAACGUUUCAUUGCGUUUCAUUUAUUUAUUUUCUUUCUUUCUCUUUCCCAUUAAAGCUUUUAAAGAUGGGGCUGGGACUUGACCUUGACGCUCACCUGUUGAAGCAUACACUUUUUGGUUUGUUUCUAUUAUGUCAUCUGCAUUUUAUAUUUCUUAUAUAUAAUAUAUAUGACUAUAUAUAUAUGUGUACAUAUAUAUAUAUCUCUCUAUAUAUGCAUCAUAUCAGUGUAGAUACCCAUCCAGUAGCAUUUAGGCCUUGUUCUUGUGCCAUUUUUUCUUUCUGUUACUGAUCUCUGAAUGCCUUCAAGUGUAUAAAGUGUUGAAUUCUCUCUGGUAUCUGUACUAUGUACACACAUUUUCAUAGGAAGCACAAUAAGAUGACAGAUGCAUUGUACAUCAAUACCUGCUACUCUUAACGAUGAUAUAAAGAAUGAUAUAACUCA